AGAACAGUAUUUCAGAUUUACCACCACAGGAAGCUUGGUCUGCGCACCACAGCUUUAGAACCAUGGUCUUCAGGAGGUUCCAGGUGCAGGGUUCAAAACCACUGAAAAAGUGUGUGGUUUGUUUAGUGAUGCCUGUGGUGCUGUAAAUGCGUGUAGUGUUUGAGCUCGACCAGCAGGUGUCACUGUGGGCCACGCAGAAGCGGAGCGGAGAAGAGACGGGGCCUGGCCUGGGAAUUCGCUGCUCGUUUCCCAUUCUUCCGAUGCAGACAGACACACAACAUGGCGGACUAGAACAGUCGGCCGACGCGCCCGGAUACAGCGGAUAAACCGUGGGACUUCACACUCUAAAAGAAGAAGAAAGUACCCGGCGAGGGGACGGUGCUCUGGGGGCUAAAGUGAGGACUCUUACGGCGGGGGUUCCUUCCUAAACCUGGAUGUAGGGGAGUGUAGUGACGGUGAAGUGUUGACUGUGUGUCCCAGAUCGUGCUUCCCUCCUCUUCUAUCACCCAGGUCCCCCCCCCACCCCGCUCUCACUGUCGGUUCCUGGGGUGUGGAGCCUGGGGCCGGGGUUGAAAAGCGUGGAAGCGAAACAGGAGGAUAAAUUCCAGCUUGGCUUUGAUUUUUUUUUUUUUUUUAACCCCCCCACACCUUUUUUCUUCUCGGGUCUACUCUCGGCUGCUUCCAGGAGUUCGGGAUCACGCUGUGCGAAUGAGUGACUGAUGCCAACUUCGCUUCUUCAGGGCAGAAUGGGUGUGUGUCCCUUGCUCCUGCUGCUCGCUCUAGCCCUCGGGGCCUCGGCCCAGGACGCCCCCGUCACAGGACCUCCAAAUAUUACUUCUGUACCUGUCGCGUCUUUACUCAAUGUGACAGUCGCACACGUACCGGCCCCCCCAGAUCCACCCACAACACUCCCCUCCGCACUCAUCCCUACAACAACAUUAACAACAACCACCACAGCCUCAAGUCCAGCUGAAGGUGAGGACACGCAACCCAUCGGUCCCGAUGACACUGUCAGGGUGUUACCUGUCCCCCCUCCCCCACCUGCAGCCCCAACCGAUGCCCCUCAGGCUCCACCGAGCACCGAGCCUCACCCUCCUCCCACUGAGGUGGAGGGAGACAACACCACAGCCCCUGUUCCAGAAACCCCAACGCCAGACGAGGAUAUAUACACCCCGGAGGCAGAGACCACCACAGAGCCUGGGACGGAGUUCACUUCAGACACCAGCCCACACGACAAUGACCCGUCUGAUGACAUGCCAAUCAUAGCUGUGAUGGUGGCCCUGUCCUCCCUGCUGGUCAUCAUCUUCAUCAUCAUCAUCCUCUACAUGCUGAGGUUUAAGAAGUACAAGCAGGCAGGAAGCCAUUCCAACUCCUUCAGACUGACCAAUGGGAGAUCAGAUGAUACAGAACUCCAGAGUGUCCCGCUAUUGGCCCGCUCACCCAGCACAAACAGGAAGUAUCCGCCCCUUGUUGUUGAUAAGCUUGAGGAGGAGAUGAACCGCCGCAUGGCUGAUGACAACAAACUCUUCAGGGAGGAGUUUAAUGCACUGCCAGUCUGCCCCAUUCAGGCAUCAUGUGACGCCGCUUCCAAAGAAGAGAAUAAAGAAAAGAACCGAUACGUCAACAUCCUGCCAUACGAUCAUUCCAGGGUGCAUCUCUCAUCUCUGGAGGGAGUCCCUGACUCGGACUUCAUCAACGCCUCCUUUAUAAAUGGUUACCAAGAGAAGAAUAAGUUUAUUGCAGCCCAAGGGCCAAAGGAGGAGACGGUAAAUGACUACUGGCGGAUGAUCUGGGAGCAAAACACAGCUACUAUUGUCAUGGUGACCAACCUGAAGGAGAGGAAAGAGUGUAAGUGUGCCCAGUACUGGCCGGACCAGGGCUGCUGGACUUACGGUAACAUCCGUGUAUCUGUAGAAGACACAAUGGUUCUAGUGGACUACACCAUCCGGAAGUUCUGCAUCCAGCAGGUGGGAGAUCUGUCUGGGAAGAAGCCACAGAGGCUCGUCACCCAGUUCCACUUCACCAGCUGGCCAGACUUCGGGGUUCCCUUCACACCCAUCGGGAUGCUCAAGUUCCUCAAGAAAGUCAAGAACUGCAAUCCCCAGUACGCUGGACCCAUUGUGGUCCACUGUAGUGCGGGUGUAGGUAGGACAGGUACCUUCAUCGUGAUCGAUGCCAUGAUCGACAUGAUGAACACUGAGAGGAAGGUGGACGUGUUUGGCUUCGUCACCAGGAUCAGAGCGCAGCGCUGUCAGAUGGUCCAGACUGAUAUGCAGUACGUGUUCAUCUUCCAGGCGUUGUUAGAGCACUACCUGUACGGGGACACAGAGCUGGAGGUGACCUCUCUGGAGUUGCACCUGGCCAAACUUUACACUCCCUCACCUGGAGCUGGCAGCGGCCUGGAGGCCGAGUUCAAGCUGACGUCCAUCAAGAUCCAGAAUGACAAGAUGAGAACAGGAAACCUGCCGGCCAACAUGAAGAAGAACAGAGUGCUACAGAUCAUUCCAUACGAGUUCAACCGAGUGAUCAUUCCAGUCAAGCGAGGCGAGGAGAACACAGACUACGUCAAUGCCUCCUUCAUAGACGGUUACCGUCAGAAGGACUCGUACAUGGCGAGUCAGGGCCCUCUGCAGCACACCAUGGAGGACUUCUGGAGGAUGAUCUGGGAGUGGAGAAGCUGCUCUAUAGUUAUGCUCACUGAGCUGGAGGAGAGAGGGCAGGAAAAGUGUGCUCAGUAUUGGCCCAGUGAUGGGCUGGUGGUCUAUGGGGACAUUUCUAUCGAGAUUAAGAGGGAGGAGGAGAGCGAGAGCUACACAGUGCGUGACCUCCUGGUCACCAACAACAGGGAGAACAAGGCUCGAGCCGUGCGUCAGUUCCAUUUCCAUGGCUGGCCAGAAGUGGGCAUCCCCACAGAUGGAAAAGGCAUGAUCAAUAUAAUAGCUGCAGUGCAGAAGCAACAGCAGCAGUCUGGCAAUCACCCCAUCACUGUCCACUGCAGUGCUGGCGCUGGCCGGACGGGAACGUUCUGUGCAUUGAGUACAGUCCUGGAGAGGGUGAAGGCGGAGGGCAUCCUGGACGUCUUCCAGACGGUCAAAAGCCUCAGACUGCAGAGACCCCACAUGGUGCAGACACUGGAACAGUACGAGUUCUGUUACAAAGUGGUCCAGGAGUAUAUCGACGCCUUCUCUGACUACGCCAACUUCAAGUAGGGAAGCCAUGGUGGACGGGCGGCUGAAGGAAUGUCCGACAUACACUUCAUACGAGCACGCGCCAGAAUCUCCACACUCACACACGACCAUGCAGAGAACUCGCAUAUGUUUCCCGUCUGAUGGAUGAUCACGACAAAAACAGCAGAGAGACUCCUCACUACUCACUCAGUGGAUUAUGGGAUGGACUGCCCGGAGAGGAAAAAGGGAACAGACGUCUCAGUCCAGAGGACAGGGCAGUGUAGACGGACAAAUAACUGAGAUGCCUUCUUAAAUAUUUUGUAAUAUUGAUCUUGUCACUUUUAUCCCCCCCCCCCCUCUCACACACACACACACACACACACACACACAUGUAUAUAUAUAUACUGACUGUGUUGCAUCUUAUUACUUUGGUUUCAGACACAGUUUUAAGUUUGGCUGCAUUUUUUGGGUGGCACCUGUAAUGUAUUUUAUUGGUAUAUAAAUAUAUAUAUAUGAAUAUAUAUAUAAAUAUAAAUUGGAUGCUUUGGAGGCUAUUGUAAAAAAACAAAAAACUAAAACCCCUUAGAUAAGGUAAUGGUGUUUGGAUUGUUACCUUAAAGUGACUGAGACUGCCUGAGCCACGCUGUAGACACAUGUUUUUACCUUUACACAGAAUGCUGUGCAUCUGCGUAAAGGGAUAGUUCAGUUUUUUUAAGUCUGAUUGUAUGAGGUACUGACACAAGGAAAAUACAUUUUAGCCACGGAGUAAAAGUCUUACCAAAUCAAUUCUGCACAGAGUUAAAUUUGUAGUAUCUUAUGAAUUUGUUUUCCACUCAAUCUCGUCAUUGGAUAACAUUUAUUUUCUGAACGGAAACGGAGGUUUCUUAUAGUCCAUAGAGGAGUUUUUGACUCACUGCUGCCUUCAUCAGAACGUUCAAAUGUGUGUUUGUGUGACUGGUGGUUUGAAAUCUUUAGUUCAGAUCUAGUUAUGACACAAACUUACACAAACACAUCAGCAGCUCCUGUCGCCCCUGAGCCAAAAAUACUGCUUUGGUUUGUGAGAGAGAGAAAGAACUCGUAAGAACUUGAGUUUCCACUCAGAAAAUGCUUUCAUAACGACGAGAUAAAAUGGCAAACACGUUCUUCUGAGUCUUUUGUUGUGGCUAAAAUCAGUUUUUCCUGACAGCUACGUCUUCACUGAGAGCCAGCAUCUGCUUCUCGGCACAGGGACAGCGCAGGCAACACUGACUGUGUGUCAUUACCUCUUUCUCUUAGGUCACAAUCUCUGUGUUUUACAUAAAGCAGGCUCAGGUGGAUGGACACACACACACACAGUGACUUCCAUGUCACUGUCUUGUGUCUGCCGAGUGCCAAAGUCGCUCACUCUCAAAGACGGAGGUCUCACUUUGGAGGUUUUACCGAGCAUGUUUGAGACAUUUGGUCCAAUCGUCUUUUCCAACAACCAGCAGCCAACACAUUCCUGGAUCGUCAUGUGAAAGUAGAACAAUAUUAUCUUGUAUUUCUUUUCUUUUUUUUUAUGCCCCAUACAGUAAAGAAAUCUAAAUGUGAGGAAGAAUUUCAGAUCAGCAGCGAUGUCGAUCAUGCUAACGAGACACAUUUCAAACAACACGCUCCAUAGUUCCAUCCUACACGUUAACAAAUGUUAGAACUAUAUCCAGUAUAUACCCAGCAUUUUUCUUUGUUUGUUUACACACAGACAUCAGUAUUUCUGGUAGAUUGUAAUGAUGCGUUUCUCUUCUGUAUGGGCUUUUUUUUAAACUGUCGUUUCACAUUGUUAUGCAUAUAUCAGCCUCACGUCACCACUGCAGGAGAAUGUUGCUCAAAGAUUGAAUGCAUUGUUACUUUUUAAACAGCGGAGACCUGUCGUCUGUCAUGUGAUCACGUGGCAUGUGACGUGUGUCAUGUGAUCACGUGUGUCAUGUGACGUGUGUCAUGAUUUGGCCUGCGCUGUGAAGGACACUCAGGUGUCCUUAAAUACAGCGUUUUUGUUCUUUGUUUUUAUUUUUUUUAUAAAAUGUGGUCAAAGUUGA